CUGGGCUGUUCUGGGGGAACGGAAAUGAACAGCACGAAGUUGCACCCGGACGGUUUUAGCGGCGGAUCCGAGGAUCGGGGCGGAGACGGAGCAGCGGCCAUGGCGGAGACGCACAGCCUGCAGGACCUGCGGCAGCAAGCAGCCAUCGCCUCCAAGGUGUUUGUGCAGCGAGACUACACAUCUGGCACCAUCUGCAAGUUCCAGACCAAGUUCCCCAGUGAGCUUGAGACCCGGAUUGAGAAGCAGCAGUUUGAGGAGACGGUGCAGACCCUGAAUAACCUGUACGCCGAGGCCGAGAAGCUCGGGGGAAAGUCCUAUCUGGAGGGGUGUCUGGCCUGUCUCACCGCUUACACUAUUUUCCUCUGCAUGGAGACCCACUACGAAAAAGUGCUAAAAAAGAUCGCCAAGUACAUCCAGGAGCAGAAUGAGAAGGUUUAUGCCCCUCUUGGCCUCCUCCUCACCGACCCAAUCGAGAGAGGCUUGCGCGUCGUGGAGAUAACCAUAUUUGAGGACAGAAGCAUUGGAUCAAGAUAAAACGUACCAAAGGAGAAUGUAUUGGACACAUUAAUCACUGGCCUGCUGGAUUGAAAACCGGGUUCCUUCUUGCCCUCUUCAUCCUGCCUGUCUGCGUCUGAAUGUAGAGGCGUCCUCUUUCGUUCUACACUUCUAUUCCUCCUCUUUCUCUGUUCUUUCUGCUUCUUUCCCCUCACAGAAGAACGAUAUGGUGGUCUGCAGAUCCUCGUCUGACGCAGAGCUCCUGAUCACUCAGCUGUCAGGAUUUCUAUGUAAACUGUUGUCUUACUGAAUGGAGAUUCAUUUUAAAGCUAGAAUAUUAUUGUUAAUAUUAUUAUUAUGUGCCAUGUGUUUUAUAUUGCGCCUUCUGAACUCUGGUUCAGUUUGUUCUGUUGAAUCCUUGUAUCUCCUCUGUUUUUUCUGUAUAUAUGAUGUACCUGUGGGUAAAGUGCACAGUGUUGACUCGCCGCUCGGUCGCAGUGUUCGGUGUCCACAUAGUGAAAAUUGUCUCGGAGGAUCGGAGUCUGUGCCGGCUUUUAAACUGGCGAACUGACGUUCUGAUGAUGACGAUCACUGAUAAUAGUGUGUAAAAUAAAUUAUAUGAUGCUGAUUUUGAUAUAAUGUGCAUUUUAAUUCCAUAAUCGCAUCAUUAAUGCCUCAUUCCACAACGACUUUUCUCAGAUUGUGUGACCAUUUUCAGUAUGUGAGAUUAUUAUUACCAAGGCUUAGUUAUAAUGAAGAAUAAGAAACACUACAGGGUGGACGCAGGGCUGUGAGGGUGGUUAACCUGGUCCUGGACUCUGAUUGGACCCCUGAACCCCUGUUCUAUUUUAAAUGCAGUAAUUACUGAGUCUUUAUUCUUGUUUAGCUGAUCACACUGUCCUCUGUGCUCUGUCUCUCUUUCUGCACCCGUGCUGAACAUUAAAAUAAAUAAAUAAAUAAUAAUCAUACAUUUCAGGUGACGGUUCCAUCCAGUUAUUAAACCUGAACUCUGCCGUUUGUAACUUUUGUUGUAUCAUAUUGAAUUAUUACUGUCUUUUCUUUAAACGCCUUCAAUCAUCUUAUUUAAUAAACAUGUAUCGUAAUAAAUUAAACUUUCCUUCA